CUUCCACCCUCCAUCUGAACUCCUCUUCAGAUAGCAGAUAUUGACAGUGAAUUUGUGAGCAGCAGUGCAGACAUGAAGGUGGCUAUUGCAGUCUUGUGUCUGAUGUGGAUGUCCUUGUGCGAGAGCCGCACAAUGGGCCGUUGUGAAGUCGUCAAAAUCUUCAGGGCAGAGGGACUUGAUGGCUUUGAGGGAUUCUCUCUUGGCAACUAUGUGUGCACGGCCUACUGGGAAAGCAGGUUUAAGACCCAAAGAGUGCGUACGGCUGAUGUUGGGAAAGACUAUGGAAUCUUCCAGAUAAACAGUUUCAAAUGGUGUGAUGAUGGCACUCCGGAUGGAAAGAACUUAUGCAACUUGCCUUGUUCAGAUUUGCUUAAGGAUGACCUGAAACCUUCAGUUGAAUGUGCAAAGCUCAUUGUGAAAACCGGAGGACUGAAAUCAUGGGAAACCUGGGAUAGUUACUGUAAUGGCCGUAAGAUGAAACGCUGGACAAAAGGUUGCGAAUCGCACUAAUAAGGCCUUGAUUGCCUGAGGGAUCUUUAAUUACCUAUAAUGAUCAUGUCCUAAUGCAGUUUAAACUCUUGGUUGAUGUGACUUUUAAAACAUUGUCAUCAUUAAUGUAACAUUGUAUCCUUGAUCUUCAGAUGUAUAUUAAAGCAUCUUCCCAAAUUGUAAA